UCCACUUACAUCCUACUCCAGAUUACACGAUGGCCGACGACAUUGUCGAGAAGGCCAACAUCACACACGAUGAGGAGGUCGGCCAUGUCGCUACUCUAUCACCAGAGGAGCUGGCGAUUGAGCGCAAGCUCCGGCGGCGCAUUGACAGUAUUAUCAUGCCGUUGGUGAUUCUUGUGUAUCUAAUGAAUUACAUUGAUAGAAACAACUACCCGGCCGCAAAACUGCAAGGCCUCCCAGAAGACCUCGGCCUGGUCGGGAACCAAUACCAAGUAGGGUUGUCGAUUCUUUUCGUCGGCUAUAUCCUCAUGCAAGUCCCUUCAAACCUGCUCCUGAACUACAUGGGCCGCCCGUCGCUUUAUCUCGGCUUCUUCAUUGUCGCCUGGGGUCUGGUGUCCGCCGUCACCAGCCAGGUCACAAACUACGCCGGGAUCGUCGCCUGCCGCUUCAUCCUCGGUCUGGUAGAGGCUCCAUUCUUUGCUGGAGUGCUGUUCUACUUGUCUAAAUGGUACACCAAGAAGGAGCUGGCUCUGCGGAUGAGUAUUUUCUAUUCCGGCUCCUUGCUCAGCGGUGCUUUCGGAAACCUCAUCGCAGCCGGCAUUCUCGAUGGCCUGGCAGGCGCGCGCGGCCUGUCCGCCUGGCAAUGGCUGUACAUCAUCGAAGGCGCAAUCACCUGUUUUAUUGGUCUAGUGGUCUGCGUCGUGCUCCCGGACUUCCCUGAAAACUGGCGCCUGCUCCCCGAGGAAAUGAAGCACGUGGCCGUCAAGCGUCUUGCGAUUGAAGCUGCUCAGGCAGACGUUGACAAAGCCGGUAAAGGGAGCCAAGUCAAGGGCCUCAAGAUGGCAUUUGCAGACAUCAAGACCUACGCUCUGGCUAUCGCCUACAUGGCCAUCACCGGCGCCAGCGGGUUCCAGAACUUUUUCCCGACACUGACCGACACGCUGGGGUACAAUAAAACCAUCUCCCUCCUUCUGGUCGCACCGCCCUACAUCUUUAUGGUCAUCUACUCCCUCAUCCAUUCGCACCUUUCCGACCGCUACCAAUCGCGCUUCUGGUUCUUCGUUUACCCCAUCCCCAUCACCAUCAUCGGGUUCGUCAUCUUCAUGACAACUGACGGUUUCGGACCCCGUUACUUCUCCUUCUUCCUCAUGAUCUUCGUUUUCGCCCAGAACGGCACCGUCUAUUCCUGGGUUGCGGGUGCCAUUCCCCGGCCGCCGGCAAAGCGCGCCGCCGCGUACGCGUUCAUCAACUCCGUCGGCAACUCGGCCAGUAUUUGGACGCCAUUCACUUACCGCGACUCAGACGGGCCGUAUUACCGCCCGGCCAUGGGUGUUUGCAUUGCUCUCCAGGUGAUCGGAGGGCUCAUGGCGAUCUUCAUGUACUUCCAUCUCAAGUCGUUGAAUAAGCGCCAGGAACGAUUUGAGGAUGUCGAUGCGGUCUUGACGGAGAAGGAUCAGAAGGUAUUGGAGAAGAUCGCGGAGAGAGAGGGCAUUGACAUCGCGGCUGCAAGGGAGUUGCAGAGCGGGUUCCGGUAUGGUCUGUAACAUGUAUAUACUUUCACCGUACUG